AUGACUGUCACUAGCACGGUGAUGCAGAACCGCCGGGCUCAUGCCUCCGGAAAGCGCCCGCUGCGACUGCCCAUCAUCGCCCCCAAGGAGGAUUCCCCCAGCAAAUUAGAGAGUGGCCUGAUUGCUCCUCCACGCAUCCGCCUACCUCCGCGAUCAAGAACUGGUUGCUGGUAUGUCUAUCAAUGCACUCGUCUAGGCCACAGCUGCGACUACCGCCCUCGACUGGCUUUUCGCGAUGACACCCCUCGCAUUAUGGGCCGCAUGGCCGACGUAAAAACCGAUGGAAACAUCGUUUGGGAUCUUUCCUCCCCGCCUCUCUGUGAGGAGAAGGCCGAUUAUUUCUCCUGCAAGGAGGCUCUUCCCGUCUUCGCCCUCCUCACCUCUGACGAGGACAGGGAAAAGAAGGCUGAGGGCAGCAGCCCUGGCACUUUUCAUGUUGUCGUCACUCCGGAUAGCUUCUCGAACUUGCCUGAAUAUUCAGAUGAUGGCGAGAGGUCACGGUCGAACGGCGCGCCGGAGUCUGUAAGCUCUGUGGCGACGAGUCCCAUUAGCGGGAUUGUGAAGUCCGAGGGCACUGGUAUCAUAGGUGAAGAUCCCAACGUGGUCAUUUUGAAGACCUUUGAAGAUACAACGCGCCGAUCUUCGUCAACGGGGCGAAUGGCGCAGAUUUCGCCUACGUCGGAAAUCUCGGAUCCUUUCUGCUCCCUCUCUCUUUCUCCUAUUCUUGACUCUCUCCCUUCUCCUGUUAUCUUCGACAAUGAUCAACCGUCUUUCAUUGUUGAGAGUUGCUUAGAUCAACAUCAACCAAGCCAGGACUCAACACUCUUUGCUCAUUUUCGACAUGUUGUUUGGAAACAACUUUUUCCCCACGACCGUGGUCAAGAUGAUUCAUUCGGGUUAGAAACUCACGGCUUGACCCUGAGUGUCGACUUUCUCGAGCGCGAGGCGGCUCAUUUCCCUCCUCUUUCUCAUGCCAUAAUGGCCGUGUCAGCUCUCAGUCUGUCACACAGCGGCACCGGACAGAGUCUCGACGCGUUGCAGUAUUACCAGCAGGCAUUUCCAUCUCUCCAGAUGAGUCUCCGCAACAACGAUGACCUCGUCUCCGAUGGACUAUUCCUCACCCAUUUCCUCCUUCUGAUCUACGAGGUCGCUGCAGCCGAACCCCAUGGCUCAAAUCUCUGGUCCCAUCACAUCUCCCGCCUCCUUCACAUCACUUUCCUCCGCCGCAACCAAUAUGGACGCGAACCCCACCCAUUCAUCCUAUGGUGGAUCUGUCACAUCGAUCUCUACGCUCUCCUCAGCGGGGCGGGAACCGGAGAAUUCGUCCGAGCCAUCAUUGACCACCAAAUGCUCCCGGGAUCCGACUGUCUCCUCUACCCAUCCGCAACAGAAGGAUACAGUGUUAUCUACGCCGGUGAGCACGAGAGUCUACCAACCAUCAUGCGCCUCUACGCCGAUACAUUCAAAUUAACGGCUCGCCUCGGUUUCCUCGCAACUCAACUCCGUCAAGAUAAACAAUCCCUCCCCUAUCCCGAAUUCAACCAGCGAUCAAAAGAAAUCGCCGAUCUCCGCCAGUCAUUCUCCCGACUCUGGGAAGCUCCCGAUGUAACAUUCUGGUCCCAACACCAAGAGCUCGGACAAGGACAAGGAGUAGGACUCCCACGCCGCUCCCAAGAAAUUCUCCAGCAAUCCGCAACCCUUUUCCACGCCAGCCAAUUAUUUUCAUACAGCAGUAUGUGGCCCGGCCAACGACUAGAAUCCGAAUUCAGCCCAGACGGCGAAAUCGAUCACCACGCGUCUGAAAUUCUUCAAAUCGCCGAACGAACGACUCACACGCGUCGCGCUGAUCGGCAUUUCCUCGUUUUCCCCUUGUUCCUCGCUGGCGCGACUGCUUCGGCGAGUGGAUUGAAAAUGAUGGCUAUGGAGUUGAUGACGGGCAUGGAGGAUGAGGAGGAUGGGAUGGGGAGAAACGCGGCGACUACGAGGGCUAUCUUACAGACUGUUUAUGAGAGACAGCUUGAGAGGCUUAUGAGGGUUGGACAUACUUUGGAUGUGGAUUGGGCUGAUCUUAUGGCUCAGGAGGGGUUGCAGAUGGUUAAUUUUGGUUUUUAA